CACGUAUCCAUCCCAAACCCCCCUCCUCCACCACCACACACCACAACAAUGGAUCCCUUCUCCUCCGAAGUCGAGCUCGUCGACCUGCGCGACCACUUCGCCGCCGGCCGCUUCCAAGAAGUCGUCGACUACGACACCGCCUCCCUGUCCCCCGAAAACAAGGUCCCGGCCCACAUCCUCGCCCUCCGCGCCAAAGUCGCCCUGGGAGAAGCAAAGGAGGCGCUUGAGGAGAUCAAGGAUGCGGAGAGCGGACCGGAGUAUAGCGCUGCGAAGGCGUAUGCUGAGCAUGCUACGGGGAAGACGAAAGAUGCGCUGAAGACGGCGGAGGAGCUCGCGGCGAGCGCGCCGGAUAAUGCGACGGUGCAGCUGCUGGCGGGGUCGGUGCUGCAGAGUGAGGGGAAGACGGAGGAGGCGCUGGCUUUGCUGUCGCAGCAUCAGGGAAACUUGGAGGCUGUUGCGCUUAUUGUGCAGAUACAUCUACAGCAAAAUCGCACCGAUCUUGCUCUUAAGGAGGUGCUUGCGGCGAAGAAGUGGGCGCAGGAUAACUUGUUGAUCAAUAUCGCGGAGUCGUGGGUUGCACUGAGGGUGGGCGGAGAGAAGUAUCAAGAAGCAUUCUAUGUCUUCGAGGAGAUCGCACAAGCCCCUUCAGGAGCAGCAACGUUGGCCCUGCUAUCACAAGCCGUUUCCGAAAUCCACCUGGGACGCUUCGAGGAGGCAGAGGCCGCUCUGGGCCAGGCAAUCAAGCAAUUCCCCGAGAACGCCGAUGUGAUCGCGAACAUGGCUGUCCUGUCGAUUCUGUCUGGGAAAGACCGCAGUGAAUACGUGAAGAGCUUGCAAAGGCUGGAUCCCGAGCACCCGUAUAUUAAGGGAGUGGAAGAGAAGAGGGGCCUCUUUGAUAAUGCGGCGUCUAAGUUCGCGGCCAAGGUUGCGGCAUGAUGGGAAUGAAAUCGGAAAACUGGCGUCACGGUGCAAUAGAAAUCAAUGAAUUA